CUGCACAUCACCCCCUCUAUGUAGAAACGAUAAACCAUGAAUAUCACAGCUCCCGGAGAAUAACAUAGCCUCUCUCUGCUUGAUAAGCCACAGUGGAUCACCUUUGGUUUGCAGAACUUACUGCACCUAUCCAGGAGCACCUGUUGAGAGUGGGUCACAUGCAGCAGUCGUCAUAGUGACGGCUCAAGAUACCUGAGUUGGGUGCUGGCUGGCGGGGAGCCUAGGCAGAGGAGAGCCAACCUGCUGGUGGGGGUAGACUGGGCGAACGCUGCAGAGGACAGACGCUUUUAAUUUUCCAUCAUGCCGAGAAAACGAGAGUCUUCAGCAGAUGAUGUUGAGAUAGAGAUAGAUGGGGAUAUGAGUGACAGUGAUGACGGUGGCACCCAGAAGAGAACAAACAGGAGGCAGGCAGGUGGAAGAGGAGGUGCAAAGGGCAGAGGCCGGGGGAAAAAACCAGCCAGCGAGGAUGAAGAUGAGGAUGAUGACGAGGACGAACCUCCCAGGAGACGCAAGGGAGCGAAUAACAAGAAGAAGCCCGCCAAGAAACGUGGCGGGGGUGAUGAUGAUGAGGAUGAGAGUGAGGACGAGGCUCCCAAGAAGAAGCGAGGAGGAGCAGCCAAUAAGAAGAAAGGAGGCAAAGCCCAGGACAGUGAUGAGGAGGACAGUGAUGCAGACAAAGGAAAGAAGGGGAAGAAGGGAGGAAAGAAAGGAGGGAAGGAGGAGGAGGACAGUAAGGGUAAGAAGGGGGACAAAGGGAAGGACAAGGGGAAGGACAAGGGGAAAGACAAGGACAAUGACAAGGACAAGAAGAAGAAGAAAAAGAAAGACGACAGUUCCUCUGAUUCCAACUCCAACUCUGACGAGGAGGAGGAAUCCAUGUCAGAGGGAGAGAUGGCCCGGCUGAUGGAGGAGGUGGAGGAGAAGAAGAAACUGAUCGCUAACAUCAGGAACAAGCCUUGGAGGAUGAAGCGGAGGCUCGUGCACCUGAAGGAGGCUCAACAGUUUGUGGAUAAGUUUGAAGGAGCUUUGGGCAAAGGAAAAGGCAGGAAGUGGUACGCCUACAAAGUGAUGAUGACGAAGAAAUGGAUCAAGUUCCAGAGGGAUUUUGAGAACUUCAGAACAGCCUGCAUCCCCUGGGAGAGGAAGAUCAAAGAAGUGGAAAGUCACUUUGGGUCAUCUGUGGCGUCUUACUUUAUCUUCCUGCGCUGGAUGUACGGCAUGAACCUGGUUCUUUUUGGGUUUACGUUUGGACUGGUGGUCCUCCCCGAGGUUCUGAUGGGUCUUCCCUAUGGAUCUAUUCCCAGGAAGACUGUCCCCAGAGCAGAGCAGGACACGGCUCAGGACUACUCUGUCCUCAUGGACUUCAACGGCUACUGCAAGUAUUCAGUCCUGUUCUAUGGUUAUUACAACAGCCAGAGGACGAUCGGCUUGCUGAAGUUCAGGCUGCCCCUGUCCUACCUCAUGGUCGGGAUCGGCACCUUCGGGUACAGCCUGAUGGUUGUGAUCCGCACUAUGGCCAAGAACGCUGAUGUCGGUGGUGGAGACGGAGAGGACGGAGAGUUUACAUUUGCCUGGAAGAUGUUCACCAGCUGGGAUUACCUCAUAGGCAACUCAGAGACCGCUGACAACAAGUAUGCCUCCAUCACCACCAGCUUCAAGGAGUCCAUUGUGGACGAGCAGGAGAACCAGAAGGAUGAGAACAUUCACCUGCGGAGGUUCCUCAGAGUCCUGGCUAACGUCAUGAUUAUCUGCAGCCUCGGCGGCAGCGGAUACCUCAUCUACUUCGUGGUGAAGAGGUCUCAGGAAUUCGCCAACAGAGAUGACCUCAGCUGGUACGAGAAGAACGAGUUGGAGCUCAUCAUGUCUCUGCUGGGUCUGGUGUGUCCUCCUCUGUUUGAGACCAUUGCUGAGCUGGAGGACUACCAUCCUCGAAUCGCCCUCAAGUGGCAGCUCGGACGCAUCUUCGCCCUCUUCCUGGGAAACCUCUACACCUUUCUGUUUGCUCUGUUUGAUGAGGUCAACACCAAGCUGGAAGAAGAGGGGUCCAUUAGGAACGCCUCCAUCUGGGCCAUGAAGGAGUACUACGCUAACUUCACACGUGCGAUCAAUGACACCGAGUCCACCCCACCCCCCAUGGACCCUGCUGAUGUCAUCAGAGGACCCUGCUGGGAGACUGCCGUCGGAAUAGAGUUUGUGAAGCUGACAGUGUCGGACAUCCAGGUGUCCUACCUGACCAUCCUGAUUGGUGACUUUGCCAGAGCCGUCAUCGUUCGCUUCCUCAACUACUGCUGGUGCUGGGACCUGGAGGCUGGAUUUCCGUCAUACGGAGAGUUUGACAUCAGUGGUAAUGUGCUUGGAUUGGUCUUCAAUCAAGGGAUGAUCUGGAUGGGUGCGUUUUAUGCUCCUGGGCUGGUCGGCAUCAACGUGCUCCGCCUCCUCAGCUCCAUGUACUAUCAGUGUUGGGCCGUGAUGGCCACUAAUGUCCCCCACGAGAGAGUCUUCAAGGCCUCCAAGUCCAACAACUUCUACAUGGGCCUGCUGCUCCUCAUCCUCUUCCUCAGUCUGUUACCUGUCGUCUACACCAUCAUGACCCUGCCGCCAUCGUUUGACUGCGGACCCUUCAGUGGGAAGCCGAAGAUGUUUGAUGUGAUCAUGGAGACCAUCGACCUGGACCUGCCAGCCUUCAUGGGGACGCUCUUCAGCUAUGCAGCCAACCCAGGCCUCAUCAUACCCGCUGUACUGCUCAUGGUACUCGCCAUCUACUAUCUGAACUCAGUGUCUGAGGCCUACCAAAACUCCAACAUGGAGCUAAAGAAGAAGAUGCAGAUGGCUCGGGAUGAAGAGAAGAACCGGAGGAACAACACGGACAGCACCAACCAGGUCAUGAAAGACCUCGAGGACCUGCUGCCGAACCGAUCCCUUGCCCCUCCACCUGUGCCUGAAAAGGCACCAGAGCCGGAAGCAAAGCCGACUAAGACGAAGCCCGGGUCAGCUGGUAAAGGCGUUAACUUGCAGAAAGAUGUGGCUCUGGCAUCGCCCAACCCCAACGCUCGAGGGCCGGUGAGCCGGCCACCGGGGCCUAGAGGACCCGGAGCGAUGCCGGGUCCGGGUCCAGGUGGCGGACCGGGCCGAGGCCGUGGGAGGGGGCCCCCUCCGAGAUAACAAUGUGAAAAAAUCUCAUUCCUGCAGGCUGUGUCCAUCCCUCAGACAAUCUGUUCAUUUCACAGUUGGAGACAGAAAUAAGCUCAAAAACAAGGUGUUGGAAUUGUGGCAUUUUGCAGUUACAGAGACCUUCAUUUAGUCCUCAUAUUUCCUUACAGACAUCAACAAUAAUUCAAAGUUUAACAGAGGUCAUUUUUGAAAAUUCCAGCUUAAACUGUAACCCACAGUAUUGUUUCAAACACUGCAGUAAAAACCUCAAUUCUGUCUUGAGUAACUUCUGAUUCAUGAAGGAAGACUGUGUUUUUGAUCCAUGUUUGUGGUCUAAAGGUGGGCAGGCACUGUGAGUUUUCAUUCACCUUGUACUUUAUGUUAAUUAUUAUUUAUUUUCUGAGACAUCUGUUAUGGAAGCGUAUUGCUGCCAUGUCAAAGAAAAACGUAUCAGUGUAACGUUAUAAAGUGAAAAGUUUCUUGUUAUAACAAGAUAUUUACAUGUUUUUAUGACAUACAAACAUCUCACGUUAUUUAUAUUGUUAUAAUGUUUGAUGUUGUAAAGUAAUAACUUAUAUUGUUUGAAUGACACAAUGACAUGAGUUAUUAUGUUAUAACAAGAUAAUAGUAAAUUGUUAUAACAAGAAAAGUUUCUGUUAUAAGUCAUAAGUUUGUCAUAAUACAUGAAAAUAUCUUGUUAUAAUAAUAAACUUUUUACAAUAUAACGUCUGUUUUUCUUUUUCCGGCGUGGUAGCAAUACGUUGUCGCCUCAGGCUUUUUUGUUUUCUCUUACAUUUACACUGACUUUGUAAUUAAUGGUAUAAUUCUGACUUUGCAAUAAAGUUUAAAAUCUUU